AUGGAGACCAUGACCGCUUUGUCGGAGUUGUCUGCCGAGAUAUGCUACAACUACUGCGUCGGAGAGAACGCUGAAUUCUUCGGUUUGCAGUACUCGACCGAGGGCCUCUAGACGCCAUCAAUCUCAGGUCACGUGACAACCAAAGUUACGAUUGAGGAUCAGCAUAGAACGAAGGUCAUUCUGCGGGCUCAGCGGCACGUGAUUGGUUUAGGAUAUAUCCUAAAAGAGCUUUUUCUAACUCAGGAUGGGGCACUGACCCAUGAAACGAUUAUUUCGAGGUGUGAUCUAUGAUGUCUGUUUAUUUUGAUGAACUAGGGUACGGCAGUCGCCGGCCUCAUUAGGCGGGACGUUUAGAUCAGUUAGUCGUUUACUUUUUUAUGUGCGUGACGGGUCUGGUUGUUCGCCAAGAAUUGUUGUACGAACCGUGCAGUGUGAAGUAUCCUAGCCCCCACCCCUGCUCUUGGUAUCGUUUCUGCCUACCAUGCUGCGUUUGGUAUUGCGUGCAGGCUGCUGCUCUGCUGUGUACGGGCUGUUGGCAUUUUGAUGUUGACGUAUCGUCUGUGUAGAAGUUGUCGUUUACGUAUCUUGUAAUACUGCUGUACUGUGUGGAUGGAUGCUUGCUUACUGGUGACUACAGUGAAUCGCGCUUAGCGCUCUCGCAAUGUUUCGUACACGGAUGGCGCCAGUCCAUGUGUAUCAGUUAUUCUUGCAUGUGGAGAAAACGUUAGUAGUGGAUACAUAUGGGUGAGAGCGUGGAUAGACGAGGAGGGCGGGUGGUUUUCCUGGGGUCAUUCGGUAGCCAACAACUGUUAGUCGCAGUGUCGUUGAGGACUCGUUUCCUCUAGCAAAUACAUGACGGACCUCUUGACCCUAGAAGUUCAUCGUCAGUUUCAUUACGUCAGUGUCAUUCGGGAAUAGUGUGGUUCGGAUGUGGUUUUGUUAUGAUGCAGUCUGUUUUUGUUACGAUGCUUGUGUAGUGUCGAUAUCCGUUGCUUGUUUGUAUUAUAUUUUGUAUUGUACGGAUGCUCGAUCGAGGCGAGUUAAUGCCCGAUCGAGGGGAGUUGAAGAAUACGGAGGAAGGUGGGAGUGGUAGUUUUCGUGCGGUAUGGUGUGCGGCACGGUAGAGAAAAUAACGGAACAAUUUGCAACUGAACGAUUAUCUCAUCC